CGGGGAGCUACGGCUGCCCGGCACUGAGCUGGAGCAUCCUGAGCUGGGGCUGGACCGAGUCUGGGGUGCGGUCUUCAUCUUCAGAAGUUCAUCGUUUAAGGAAGACCAGCCACCAGACCUAGACGUAACCGCGCAUCCAGAAGCUGAGUGUUUAGCUGGGAGUUUAGAAAUCAAUGAGGCAGCCUGCCCCAGAUGGUUUAAAGCUUGAAACUGAAUUAUUGGAUGGAAAAACCAAGUUAAUACUGUCCCCAUAUGAGCAUAAAUCAAAAGUUUCUGUGAAGAUGGGAAAUAAGUUCAAAAUUGCAAAAUGUCCUUUAAGAACAAAACAGACUGGACAUACUUUAAAAUCAACACAAAAUACUUACAUUGGGAAUGAAAACCUUUCUCAAAAGAAGAUUUCUACUUUAGACACUUCACAAGCAAAACCUGAAAAUAGUAGAUUGACAUUUUCACCCGGUACGGAUAAGCAGUAUUCAGAAAAAGACAGUGUCCGUGUUCAAAAGGAGCUUUCACCGACAACCUCUAAUAUACGGAAGAUUAUAACCACUACCGGUACUUGUCCAGUGACUAAACAGAAGCCUUGCAAAAAACAGCCCACAGCGGAGACCAUGAACAGCGGUUUGGUGUGUCUCACACAAGACCAGCUUCGGCAGAUUUUGAUGCUGAGUGUGAACCAGGGAAAUGGAUCCGUGAGCCUCACUGAGAAUGGGGAGGAGGAAGCGAGUCAAGAUAGUUUACAUUUAAGCAAUAUUCCUAGUCAGCCAAAGGAUGUGAAUGUCACAGGAUUCCUGCAAAACACGGAGGCCAUUUCCCCUGUCACGAGUGAACAUGAGCAUGCCCACCGGAGAGCUCAAGAGGCAUUUCAGCAGUGCGAGCAGAAAGCUGCCAUAGAGAAUGAAUGGAAACCAGCUGACAUAUUCAGUACGCUGGGGGAAAGGGAACGUGAUAAAAGUUUGUUGGAAGCAAGAAGAGCCCAGUGGAAAAAAGAGCUGGAUGAACAGGUUGCUUUAAAGAAGAAAGAGAAAGAAGCUUCCCAAAAAUGGCAUAACCCUUGGAAGCCAUCUGACGUAGAGUGUGAGAAGUCUCAAGUCCAUGACCAGCCUAAGGAAGCAGGACUGCUGGAGUCCCCUUGCAGCGCCAUUAAACAGGAGCAGCAGAGAAAAUGGAUUGAAGAAUUGAAUAAACAAGUUGAAGAUGACCAGCAAAGAAAAGCAGAGGAAAGAAUGAUAUAUUCAAAGGGUGAGGAACAUGACAGAUGGGCAAUGCAUUUUGAUUCAUUAAAGAGUCAUCCUGGUUCCCAGUCUCGACUGUCCUCUCAGUUAACACACCAACACCUGGAGUCGCUUUGUGUGUCUCCCGACACUCAGGAACUGGCUGAUGUCAAUGGUGUUUACACACCUCCACCUGGAGUCCAGGUGGAGACUUCAGAGAAAGAACAAAGAGCCAGACCUGUUCUGGAGAUGGCUGUAUCACAUGGUCCGAAAACAAACUUUCUCCGUUCUAUGACUGCACUCUUGGAUCCAGCCCAGAUUGAGGAGCGGGAACGACGCCGACAAAAACAAUUAGAACAUCAGAAAGCAAUCAUGGCUCAGGUAGAAGAGAACCGCAGGAAGAAGCGACUAGAGGAAGAACAAAGGAAGAAGGAGGAGCAGGAACUGGAGCUGCGCUUGGCAAGGGAACGGGAGGAGAUGCAGAGGCAGUAUGAAGAGGACAUUCUAAAGCAGAAACAGAAAGAAGAGAUCAUGACUCUAAGGACAAACGAGCUAUUCCACACAAUGCAGCGAGCUCAGGAGCUGGCACAGAGGCUCAAACAGGAGCAGAGAGUCAGAGAACUGGCUCAGAAGGGACAUGAUACAUCCAGGCUGAUUCAAAAUCUUGGCGCACAAGUGGAUUAUAAGGCAUUCACUACCAUCUCCAGUUCCCACAGUGACCCUGAGGAGGCUGCUGAUGAAAUGCAUGCAGCCGCCACUUCAACAGCCUCUCCCAAGAAGGACACGGGCGUGCAGACAGAUGACGUAAAUUUAGGAAUUUUCAAUGAUGCGCUACCACCCUGUGGAUCGGUAACAGAGAGGGGCAUUAGAAACUUUUCUUCUCCAGAGAUUUCUGCAGAAUUCAGUGGACAGAUUGACAUUAGAAAAGAGAAGCAAGAACUAAGUAUGAAUAAAGGCACUAAUUUAGACAAAGAAAACAGCUGGCAUAAUGGCCAGUGUAAUCAGUACAGAAGAACAGAGAAACAAACAAAACUCAUGAAGAAAUGUCCUAAGAAGCCUGCUUGGAAUAUAAACAAACCUCUCAAAAGGUACAUUCCUGCAUCAGCUAAGUACCCUGCACAUCUCCAGAAGGAGAAAGAAGAAAAAAAGGUACAGAGGCAAAUGGAGCUGCUUCACUUAGUGGAGAGAAACAAUCCCGAGAAUCUCUCCCAAAACAGAGGCAUUUCACCAGAAGUUCUUGCUUCAUCUCAUCGAGAAACUGAGUCAGAGAGCAGGUCGCAUCUUAUCAAAAAGGUAGAAGAACCUCUGAAAACGCCUUCAGUUAGUAGAGAAAGGUUUCAAACAUCACCAGCAGUAAAAAACAGAACUCAACAAACUCAAAGUAAUGUCUUACACUUACCACUAAAAAACAAUGACUCUGAAAAGGAGACUCUGACCUCAGGAGAUGGUCAUACUAAAGUAUCAGAUGAGAUGUCUGAGCCAUCCCAUUUUAUUCCCUACGUUCGAACAAAUGAGAUCUAUUAUCUUGAUCCAGAUGCACCCUUGUCUAGGCCUUCAACCCAGGACAACCAAUACCAAAAAUCGCAUGAUUGUGCCCGAGAACAAGAGCUAUUUGACUUUGACCAUAUCAGGGAUCCACUUCUUAAUCCUAAAUUAGUGAAAAACAGGGACCGACAGCAAGCUAUCCUUAAGGGGCUUUCAGAACUAAGACAGGGUCUUCUCCAGAAACAAAAGGAAUUGGAAACGAAUCUCAUACCCUUAACUGCAAACCAAGAAGAUAAUUUUAGUUCUUCGUUUUAAAUAUGCUCACCACGCAACAGCAUUUUUCAAGUGCACAAUGACAAACUUUACAUUAUGUAGUGAAAUGAUGUAUUUUCUAAGUACAAUAAAGUUUAUAGUUCAAAAAAAAAAUCUCUUGUCAUGUUAGGGUAUAAAAGUACUUUCUACUUACCACAGUAGAAUCUGGAGAUUCCUGACCUGCUAACAGCAUUGCUCAUUUGUUCUAUUAAAAGUUCUUUUAGGGCAUAAAAAGUACUAUUAACACAAGGAUAGACUCUUAAUGAAAUAAUACAAAUUCAUUUCACUCUGGUUUUUCUCUUUUGAAGUUAACAUUAGUAACAGUAGGCAAGAGAUGAGGGUUUAAAAAUCGAUCUCCACAUUUAGUGUAACACCAAGUUCUAAUUAAAACUUCAAGAUCUGUUCCAAAUUAUCCAAUAGUAUUGAAAGCAGAAGCCCCAUUUUUAAAAGUUCAUUUAACUAAAGGAUCACACAAAAUAGUAUUUAUCAAAGACAUCUCAAAAAGUUAACCAAAAUUUAAAUGAAGCAAAUAUUUUCACAGCUAAACCUAAAGACUGAGAAAAUUCCACUUGGUAUUCUAUACAAUAGAUUUACUACCUAGAAUUCAACUGUACUGUUACAUAUAGCUUGAGGUACUAAGCCAAAAUCCUAUAAAUAU